UGCCCGCUGUCGAGCCAGACAAUCCAGUACCUGAUGACCCGGUGCCCGCUGUCGUGCCAAUUGACUCAGAGCCCACUGUCGUGCCUGAUGACGCGGUGCCCCGCUGUUGAGCCAAGUGACCUGAUGCCUGGUGACCCGAUGCCCGCUGUCCAGCCAGACGAUCCAAUGUCUGACCCAGUGCCCCGCGCGUCAUACCAGUUGACUCGGAGCCCACUGCCUUGCCAGAUGACGCGGUGCCCGCUGUCGAGCCAAAUGACCUGAUGCCUGCCAGACGAUCCAAUGUCUGACCCAGUGCCAGCGGUCCAUGCCAGUUGACUCGGAGCCCACUGUCAUGCCUGGGGGUCCGGCGCCCGCCG